AUUCAGUGCGAUGGCGGACGGCGUAUGCCUCUUUGUUCUAUUGUGCACUCGUACCUACAGUCUGUGGACAAGUACCACUAGGGAAUAUUGGGAGUCUAAUGACCAGCCGCCUUGACCGUCUUUUUGUGUUACUGGAAAGUUGUCCCAAUGCGUCUUUACGAACUGCGGCUGCAGAGCAACUUGGAGAGAUCGCAAAAAGUAGUCCAUCAAGCAUUGAUUAUGUCUUCACCUGUCUUAUCCCUCUGCUUCGACACAAAAACUGGGUUUCUCGUAUUGCUGCAUCAGAAGCUAUUCGUCACAUUGUUCGUCACUUGCCUGAUUGGCAACCAACGUUGAAUUGUCAAAGCUACAUAGAUCAAAAGGACGUUUCAACUAAUGGCUUUCUCAGUCUAAGUGGACUCCGGAUUGACUAUGUUCUAGCUCAGGGUGCUCGACUUUACAGUAUGGAUGCACGAGAAUUGGACAGAAAUAACAGUCGGGGUUAUUUUGAACGAUGUAAAAAGAAUAAUGAAAAUGCAAUGGAAUGUGAUACAUUUGAUCCACAAACAGAUAUUCAGUCUCAAAUUUUACCGCCAGUACAACGCCAAGAAAUAAACAGUCGUCUAGGCCUGGAAAACGACAAUUUAUUAACUGAAGUUCUGGAGAGUCAUGCUGAUGUAUCAAUUAAUAAAUGGAUAACAACAGACGAUUUUAAUGAUGAAACACAACCUGGAUUCACUCAAAUAGAUGUUGAGAGUUGUGUACGGAGUGCUUACGUUGCUCAUGUCGACACAGAUGGGAAAAGAUUCAGUGUCUGUCAGUCCCCAGUUCAUUGUGAUACAAAACGCAUCAAACUAGACUCAUCAAGUGACGUCACCAUUGAUAAAUCUGGACUGAAUGUUCAAGCUACUGUUUCUGCAUUAAAUCAAUCCUCGGGACAUUGGCCAUUAGAUAGAAUGUGUACUACACUUUUAGGUGAUUUGUGGGCAUUGCGUUGGGAGACACGCCAUGGAGCAGCUUCUGGUCUACGAGAAUUACUGUCCGAGCCAAGACAUACUAAACAAGCAGGAAAAUAUAUUGGUCAAUCCGAAACGGAGAUGUAUAAUAGCCAUUACCAAUAUUUGGAAGAUAUUGUAGUUCGUGUACUUUGUACACUAGCCCUGGAUCAGUUGUCUGAUUUUAUUUCCGAUGAAGUUGUAGCUCCAGUGCGUGAAACCGCUGCACAGUUAUUAGGUGUACUAUCUUUGCAUUUAACAACUGAACAAGUACUUUUAGUAGCAAAACACUUAAUAUUUCUUGUAUCUUUAAACGACGAAGCAGUAACAAAACUGUGCACUAAUAUACCUUGUCAAAAGGACAAUUCAAAUGCUUCCAAAAACAGUUGGAUGAUAGCACAUGGUGGAUUAUUAGGCAUCAAAUAUUUGCUUGCUUCAAGAAAGGAUUUAAAAAAUACAUUAUUACCACAUGUUACACCGUGCUUAAUUGGCCGAUUGUUUGGGAUACCAAUUGUAGCUGAUAAUCAAACCGUUUCUCGACAAAGUGGUCAUCCAUCUUCAUUUAGUGCUAAUACUCUUGCCGACGAUGAAGAUAUACGUGCUGCUGCCGCUUCAGCAUUAUUGCCAAUUAUUGAUACAAUAUGGGUCGAAUCACUUAGUCAGUAUGAAUAUGAUUUAUUUGUAAACCAUGUUUGGUCAUUGAUUCGUAAUACACCAUCAGAUUUAUCACCAUCUACUGGACCUGUACUUAGUUUAGCCUGUGCACUAACUAAAGCUGAAGUAGGAAAGAGGCAGUUUGGCGAACAGCAUAACAGUACAAUCAAAUCAGAAGAAGAUGUUAGCAUUUAUCGAGUUAAUACAAGUGAAAAGAUAAUGAUAAUAGCAGAACUACUACACCAUGUUUCUUCAUCUAUUCGUCAAAGUGCCUUGAACACUCUACAAUGUGUAAUAGAAUCUUGUGAAAAUCAGAUAGAAAGCUUAUCUGCUGAUAUGCUACAUUUAAUAUUAGAUAAUUUAUUCCAGCGGAUACUUUUAGAAUCAUGUACCUCAAUACGUGCCCUGGUUACGAAUCUCACAAUCAAAAUUAUUCAAGCAGCUAAAUUGGAUUGCCUUGUUCAGGCGAGUCUUCGACGUUUAGAUGUAUGGCUAUGUCAAGUUAUGCAACCGACUGGUAUCCCCUACCCAAAUAAAUUUUUAGUACCUUGUUUAAGAUCUAACUCAGAUAUACAGUUAACCAAUGAAUUGAAUUCAAAUAAUGAUGAAUUGACGAGUCUAACAGUUAGAUCAACUGCGAACAUCCCAUCGAGUAAUCAACAAGCUGUAUUUAUACCUCAACCAACAUAUUGUAUUGGUGGUUUUCAGUGCUUAACCGCUAGUCGUUCAGAAAUGGAAUCAUAUGUUUUAGAAACCAGGAUCUCGGCUGUUCGUGUUUUAGCAUAUUUGUGUUCGCGUAUUUGUCAAUACAACCAGUUAAUUCCAGUUCAUUUAUUACCGUGUAUAUCAGAUAAUUCAAAGUUAUCUACUUCAUCAUUACCAUCAUCAGUAAACAACAAUGAACAUAAUCAUAUUAAUAAUACAUCAAUUAGUGUUUUAAACUAUGUAAUUGGACAAUUAAUAUGUCAGUUACAUUUAAAGGAUAGAUUAGCUAUGCAACGUUUCAUCUCUGGACUAUUACUAUCUUCUUGGUCUUUAUUAUCUCCAAUUUCAUCUUUACCAACUGGUUCUGGUGAUAACAAUGAUAAUAGCUCAAUGAAUUCAUCAAAUAAGCUGUUUAAUUCCAUGAAUCCAUUUUACCAAAUAAAUUACAUUGACAAAUUAACUUAUACGUGGUCUAAUUUAAUGAAUACUUCUUCAUCAACAUUAUUAUCAUGUCAUUUAGAACAGUUACAGAAUUUAGCAGAACGUGUUUUCACUAAUAUUAAAAUUGACCUACAUGAUAUAGCAAAGCAACUACGUGGACGAUUAGAAUCUUGUUUAACUGAAGUAAUUUAUUAUGAAGAAAUACUGGCUCCUUUCAAAUUAAUGCAAGAAGAUUGUCGCGAAUUAAUUCGACUAAUGAAAAGUGGCGGUCUUCCUGUUGAUUCUCAAAUUCCAAUAAACGGUGUCUUAACAAUAGUUCAUUGUAAAAUAUUACUUCAAAAAGUGGCUGAAGUAAUUCAUGCUGAAAAACAGCAUUCAGUAUCUUCUGUUAUUGAUUCAUCUCUACUGGAUCGCUUACAUUGUCAAUUAGAAAGAACUCGAACUACAGUUGACCAUUGUCUUACUUUACAAUUAUAUUUGGGAAAUCGUGUCGAAUUGGGCAUAGCCUGUGCUUUUGCUAACAUGAAUUGGAUUCUACCAGGUCGUUUAAGUUUGCUUAUUCGUCCGUUAAUGGACACUAUACGAUGUGUGAAACCAUGUAUAAAUCAAUCCGAUAAUGCUGUGCGAUCAUUGAAUUCAGGUACCGAUGGUAUUUUUCAAACAAAUUCCCGUCCCAAUAUUGCUUCUACUGCUACAUCUACAUCGUCGAUUUUUGGUGGUAGUAAUGCUUAUGGUAGUAGUAGCAGUAAUAGCAGUGCUGUUGGGUCAUGCAUAGAUAUGUUACCAAUUGGUACAUGUGUACAUCUUCAACGCUUGGCUGCCAGUUGUUUAGCGCGUCUUUUGUGGUUAGAGUGGAAGAUGUUAAGCAUUAAUCCCCCAUCACAAUCAUCAUCAACAUUGUUGACGAAUAAAAGUUUACUUCCAAACACUUCUAAAGCUGCUACCAAAGUAAUCAAAAAUCUUACUUCCUAUUUAAUAGAAUCUGAUCCAGACUUCUUGUUGUCUCUAUCAAGUACUUCAAAUCUUUCAUCAGAAGCAAGUCAUCAACCCAAUGAAGAUCAAUCAUCAGUUGAUACUAAAAUAGCAUGUGUUAAUUCGCUCUCUACAUAUCGAUUAGAUUUGGUUACAAACACGUCGUCAUCGUCUGAAGCACUGCAUCAGUCUUCCCAACGUCGUGGGGCUUACAUUUCUUUGUCUUGCAUUUGUUAUACAUUUAUCAAUUUAUAUCAUCAUGAAGAAGGUAAUCAAACUUGUUGGUCAUCAUCAAAAUCAUCAUCAAGUGCGGCUAUGGAAUCUAUCGAUCAUCAACCUUGUCAUCAUCGUUUAUCAAAUAUCUCAUUAAAUAGUCUUCGCCUAGGUAUACCAUCAUUAUGGCAUUUAUUUUGGAUAAAUCCAGUCAAAAUUGUCAUUAAUUAUUAUCGCCAAUCAGGCAUUUUAGUAGAAAAUGGUGAAUCUAUGGAACAAGGUGGAGAAAUAUCUGAAAGAAGGGGAUAUAUUUACUCGACUUUGAAGAAAUUGACUGACAAAAUCAAAGUUAACAUGUACAAACUGAAACCAGUUGAUUUGCCUAAAUCAAACCAGGAUGAAUUACUUAGUGGACUGAUUGUUUUGUCCUCGUGUCUCAAUGUUAUUCUACCUUGUAUUGAUCCAGAUAAAAAAGAAACCUUUUGUGAUCAAAAAGAUGAUAUAUCAUUUGAGCAAAUUAUCUGGUUAGCCUCAUUAGUUAUUCGUUUACCAAGUAUUGUUUAUCGUCGGGUCGGUGCACGUCUUCUUGCUGACUUAACUUUGUUAAGACCAGUUUAUACAUUAAAUAUUUUAUUGCCAUUAUUAUUGUUUACUAGUAACGGCGUUUUUUUACCAACUGAUUCAUCAACAUUAUGUGUUGGUACAUUGGAGACAUUUUUAACAAUUGUUGAAAAAUUCUCCAACAUGCAUAAUUCAUCCAGUUAUAUUCUUCAAAGUGUCCCACCAGUUAUUCUUGACGAUCCACUUGCUGAACCGAAUUCAAAGUCAUCUUCAUUAUUAUCAAUGUGUAGAUGUUUUAUGAAUUUUGUGCAUGAACAAUCAACAUUGGAUUUUGAGUCGAAACUUCCAAAUGAAUUAACAAUUAAUAUUACGAUUAAUAGUAAUAGUGAAGAUGGAACAAAUUCAUUAUUAUCUAAUAAUCUGAAAUUGUUUUUACCAUAUGUAGUUUUAUUACUAACUCCAACUUUAAGAUUAAUAUCAAAUUCUAAUCAACAUAUACGUUCUACAGCAGGAAGAUUGUUUGCAGCUUUAUUGAAUUUACUACCGUUAGAGUCAUCGAUUCCAAAUCCUGAAAAAAUGAAGGAAGAAUUUAAGCAAAUUCGCCUUGAACAACGUGAAUUUAUUGAUAAUUUACUACACCCUGAUCGUAUUCAAUCAUACAAUCUACCAAUUAAAAUAAAUGGUACACUACGAACAUACCAACAGGAAGGAGUAAAUUGGCUGUGCUUUCUUAAUCGUUACGGUCUAAAUGGUGUAUUGUGUGAUGACUUAGGUUUAGGCAAAACGUUACAAACUAUUUGUAUACUAGCCGGUAGUCACCAUGAAUUGAAACAAUGUUCGGCGAUAAAUAACUCGAAUGAAUAUUGUAUAUCUAAUGAAUCUGUUGUGAUGGAUACAAAAAUUGAUGAAAAAUUCCCAGUCUCGCUAAUUAUUUGUCCAUCUACUUUAUGUGCUCAUUGGUUUCAUGAAAUACAACAUUUUGCACAAACUGAAGAUUUGAAUCCUUUGAUUUAUGGCGGCAGUCCUACAGUUAGACAAAACCUUCAGUCCAAAUUACAUCAGUAUGAUGUAAUCAUUAUAUCUUAUGACUUAAUUCGGAGUGAUAUAGGAUUUUUCGAAUUAAUCAACUGGAAUUAUGUUGUUCUAGAUGAGGGUCAUAUUAUCAAAAGUAGUAAAUCAAAGGUCACACGUGCAGUAAAACAUUUAGUUGCUCAGCACCGUCUUAUUUUGACUGGAACGCCUAUUCAGAAUAGAGUUUCUGAGCUAUGGUCUCUGUUCGACUUUCUUAUGCCUGAGUUUCUGGGUACAGAACAGUAUUUUUUAGCGAAAUUCGCACGUCCUGUGGCUGCUAGUCGAGAUAUUAAAGCUUCUAAAUCUGACCAACAAGCAGGUCAAUUAGCACUAGAGAAACUUCAUCGACUUGUAUUGCCAUUUAUGUUGAGACGGUUAAAAGAGGAUGUUAUGCAAGAUUUACCACCGAAGAUUAUUCAAGAUUUUGCUUGUAAAAUGACACCAAUUCAACGUAAACUGUAUGAAUCAUUUCAAAAAACCGAUGAAGGACAACAAGUGAUGAAUUUUGUAUCGGCUAGUAGUGGUGACUUUUAUUCUGAAUGUCGUUCUUCCUCGUUCGGUUGCGUUUCUACAUCACAUGGUUUUCAUGCUUUACGCUACUUUCAAGCAGUUUGUAAUCAUCCGUGUUUAGUCUUAAAAUCUAAUCACCCUUUACUUGAUGAGAUUAAACAAGAAUUAUGCGUAGAUUCAAUGGAACAGUUAAGAGCAAUUGAUUAUAGUGGGAAACUAUUGGCUUUAUGCCGUCUUCUAACUGAUUGUGGCUUCGGGAGUCCAAACUCAAUCAAUGGCACAAAUUCUGGUAAUAGUGGUAACACUUUGUCGUCAACGUCUGGGACGUCGACUUCAUCUCAUUAUUUGGAUUCUUAUCCUGGUCUACUAAGUCAACACAGAGCUCUAAUGUUCUUUCAAACACGUGAAAUGUUACAAUUGACUGGAGAAAUGUUGAAAAAACAAUUUCCAUGGAUAACUGCUACACGAUUAGAUGGUACUGUACCGGUGAAUGAACGACACAAUCGUGUGGUUAGAUUCAAUCAAGAUCCAUCGAUCGAUUUGAUGCUAUUGACAACAGCUGUUGGUGGACUAGGGUUAAAUCUGACUGGUGCAGAUACUGUAAUCUUUGUGGAACAUGACUGGAAUCCGAGUAAAGAUUUACAGGCUAUGGAUCGAGCUCAUCGUAUUGGUCAACGACGUACAGUUAAUGUUUAUCGUUUAAUUACUGAAGAUAGUAUAGAAGAGCAAAUUAUGAAUUUACAAGCAUUCAAAUUGCAUUUAGCUAAUACAGUAUUAACAUCAGAUAAUAAAAAUUUAAAUGAUAUGGAUACAGAACAUUUAUUUGAUCGAUUAACAACAACCACAACAGCAACAACAACUAAUGACAAUCAAGUAACUAAAGCUAAUCAUACAAAUCUUCAAUUUACUUUAUUAGAUGAUCUUGAAGCCUAUUAUGAAACUGAAUAUAAUUUAGAUACAUUUGUUGCUCGUUUAAAUACAAAUUAAUCAUUUUUAUUAUUAUUAUUAUCUUAUGUAUAAAUUUUAUAGAUCUACUAUCCUAUCAAAUUAGUCAGUGAAUUUGUUUCUAUGGUUUGGUUUUUGUCAUUAUUGUCCGUCUCAUCAAUUGUUUGUUUGUUUUGCCUAGUUUAUUAUCAGUUAUGAAAUGAAUUGGUGUGUUAUUUUAUCAUCUUUGAAUAAGGAUAUCUCAUUUAUUGCAUUUCUACAUUUGUUUUUUUCUUUUAUCAUUUAUCUUGUCUUAUUUCACCUAUACUGAUAGCAUGUAUUUCGAUAUGGGGAUAAUGAAUACUUUUCCACUUGUUGGCUAUAUCUAUAUCUUGGUGGGGCUUUUUUUAAAUCAGAAUCAAUUACUGUUGCCCAGUAACAUUUAAUCUAGUUACAAAUCAUGAAUGUAAUAAUGUUCUAUAUGCUAUUACUAUCAUUUCUGUUAUAUUUUCCAGUUCCUUAUCAUUGCAAUAUCUUUAUAUAUAUAUAUAUAUAUAUAUAUAUAUAUAUAUAUAUAUAUAUAUAUAUAUAUAUAUAUACCUCUUUGUUACUAUUUGGAAUCGUAUAUACUAAAACUACUGCAUUACUCCUGUAAUAGGUUUAAUAUAAAUUAUAUUCAAUUUUACGGAUCUAAGAAUCCUGUGUGUAAUAAUCAUAAAGUUGAUGUUUUCUAAACCUUAUGGUUUAUUGUAUCUACUGUUAAAUGUUCGGGAAAUAUAUGAUCGAAUGGUUUUAUAUUUUAUUGAUGAUUUAUUUUUCGGUAAACUGAUGCUCUCACUGUCCACAAUACUAAUACAAUAUUCAUUUGUUUAUAGUACGUCGAAUAAUAUCAAGAUGGGCAUAAUAUAUUACAUAGAAGGUGCGAUUUUCAUUUUAUUUGGUUGUGAGCUUUGAUACUACCCACGUCAGUCAUCAACAACGUAUAACUUCGUACGUACGUACCUGGGCACGCGGGUAAUAUCUGGAAUAGACCACAUACUAUUUGGGUGGCCAGACCGAAGAAGAUAGUUUUCUUAUGGAGCCACACCCGGAGCCUUCGACCUAAAGGUCUGAUCCACAAGGCAUUCGAGCAACGUCAGCAGAUUCAGUUCCAUGGUAGCCGGUGAUCAAUAAUAGGUUCAUACGCCAUUUGUUCACUCAGGAUCCUGUAGUCCAUGUGCACCAUUGGUUUGGAAUCAGGGUUUUCCAUCUCCUGUAGGUGUGUACCCUCCGUAUCAGUGGCGCAUAUGUAUCUGGUGCCCCAGAUACGUUUGUAUAUGUUCAAAUAUAUAAAUCGAAAGUUCAAAAUAUCAGUCCAACGAAUUUUGAUUCAUCUUAUUAAAGGUUACAUAUUCAAUAUGCAAUUUCAGUGCAAUCAUUUGCAUAAACAUACAACUAAAAUACUUCCCAACCUAAUGUAAUAUCAUUGUCUGAAAGAACCAAUAUCCAGUCGAGUAACUAACAGGAAAAUUGUGUUUCUUUUAUCAUAUUCAAUCGACUAACUUCAUGUGAUAUAUUUUUGUUGCUUAUGUUUUUAACAUAGAUAGAAUUAGUCGAGAAGUUCGUGUAUCUGGGUAGCUGCAUAAGUGCUGGUGGUGGCGUGAGUGAUGAGAUCAAUGCACGUAUAGUGAAAGCCAGAGCGGCUUAUGCCAAUCUGGGCCAUCUUUGGAGCCUUCGUGAUGUUAGUCUAGCCGUAAAAGGUCGGACUUACAACGCAUCGGUGAGAGUAGUUUUGCUCUAUACUUGUGAAACCUGGCCUCUCCGAGUUGAGGAUGUUAGACGACUCUCUGUGUUCGAUCAUCGUUGUCUCCGAAGGCUUGGUGACAUCCAGUGGCAACACCAUGUUAGUAAUACAGAGGUUCGGGCACAGAGACGAUAAUGCAAUCGGUGUCACCAUCUUGAAACAUCGACUUCGGUGGCUUGGACAUGUUCUGCGAAUGUCGUCCCAGAGAAUUCCACGUCGUGCAUUAUUUGCCGACUUCGGGAUUGGUUGGAAAAAGUGGGAAGGUGAUCAGUAUAUGACAUAAUGUCGUGGCAUGAAAGAAAGCUGCAAAGGACUGGCUUCUGUUGGUCCUUCACGUCUCCCUGGCUGGGGUCCGAGAGAUGGUGCAACACAGUGGCUAGAGACGUUAUCAGAUAUGGCUCAGAAUAGAAGCCAGUGGCGAUCCUGCUGUAACCUUCUUUUACUUUCUUCAUAAAAAGUGGUUGUGUCUUCCUUAACUGAAAGAUUUCUUCUGAUUGUACCUUUUCGUUUCCCCCAUUAUUAUUAUUAUUACGCUACCUUAUCUUAUUCUGUUCGUUAUUUUUUUUAACGCUCCUCACCUUUUUUCCUUCUCUUCAAAUUCCCAUUGUUUUGUGUGGCGCAUAUAUAUUCGGUGCCCUCUUGUACCAAUAUUUAUGUGUUCAAAUAAAUAGAUUAAUAUGUUUUUAAAGUUAAUGAGCUGGCUAGUUUGAUUAUGCUAAGAAGAAAGCCUUUAAAACAAGUCUUUCAGAAUAUGUAUCUGAAUGAAGUCAACAUUGUCAACUUUUGCUCAUUAAUUUCAUACCACACUGUCCUUUUGUGAAUACAUCACCAUUCCUUCCGAUAACCUUAUAUGUCCCUGGAUUACACCUUGUAAAUAUCUCGUAAUCAAAUAUGAAAGUGGAGAUAAAAUCCAGCUGUUUAUUUUCUCAGAAUGAAAUUUAAUGGUUAUUCGCCUUGAAAUCAGUGAAAUUUAAACAUUAUAACAUCACUUGUAUGCAAACAACUGGUGUAGUCAUGUUUUAAAUUUUGGACAGUUUUUUCUUAUUUUUGCUGUUGCUGCGUCGUCAGCCCUUCACAUAGAAUUUAGUACUGUCAAUAGAGCAACAGGGAGUCGUUUUAACAACAUUCUGUAUUUGGUAAUUUAGAUUGUCCAACAACCAAAUCCUGUAACUUAAGACUACCAAGAAACCUGAAUGCACAUUCGAUUCUACUGAUUGGAUGAAAUUCAGUAUUCAUCGAAUGCAGUUAAACAUUUAUCUAGUGCUACUACUUCCUAAUGUCAACAGUUUUCACAUGGCGUCAUAAACGUUAUGUAAAUAUUAGUUAUAUCUAAGGUCAUGGUAUAAUCCACACUUUUUUAAAAAUUUAUCCGAAAUUCAAUGUCACUAAACCAAUGUGCAGUGAAACUUGGGAAAAUUUUACACUAAAAUCCAGUAGUAGUAGUAGUAGUAUUAAUAUGAAUGUAAAGAAACGUGAUAGUAUUACGUAAAAUUCACCUCUUUAAACCACCAAGGUCAGAUAGUACCUUUUGAACUUGUGAAGUAAUAGAAUCAUACCACUAUGAAUUCUGAAGUUAUUCGCUUCUAUUUAUUAACUAAACAACCCACAUUUCUACGCAACUCGAAACAGUGAAUUUAUUUAAUCGCAGCACAUUAGGUGUUCAUAUUUGAUUACUACAUUAGCAGUCAAUCGGCUACAACGUAGGACCAGGCACAUAUAUGCAUCGGUCCAAGUUGCCAUACCUCAUUAACACAGCAAGAUAGACACCGGAUUCAUAAAAGUAGUUAAUUCAGAGGUGGUAAUAUAUAAAAGAAAGAUUGCAUAUAAGGAUGUAGUACAGGAAGAAAGAAUUAGUUCGUAGAAAGAAAGAUAUGAAGCGAUUUUAAUCUCUUAGUCUAAGGGAAGACAGAGAGUGUAUACACCUACUACAUUAGAUAACAUAAUAUAUUAAUGGCUAGGUAACUCUACUGAUGCUGGAUUAUUUCAGUGUUGCUGG